AUGCCCCCAAAUCCCAACACCUUCUCUUCCUCUCUCCUUCUCUCCGUGUUCUCUCUCCUUUCCAUCUCUUGCUUCUCCAUAGAUGAACAGGGCCUUGCUCUCCUCUCAUGGAAAAACAGCCUCAGCCCCUCCACAGAUGCAUUCAAAACAUGGAAUCCAUUGGACCCAAAUCCAUGCAAUUGGUUCGGAAUCGUCUGCAAUUCGAAUUUGGAAGUGGCCCGAAUCAGCUUGCAGUCAAUCGACUUGCGAGGCUCAUUGCCUUCGAAUUUCCAGUCCCUCAAGUCAUUGGAAUAUCUUGUUCUUACAGCCACGAAUCUCACCGGCCCAAUUCCGAAAGAGUUCGGGGAGUAUGCCGAAUUAGUUUUCAUUGAUCUCAGUAACAACGCAAUUUCGGGGGAGAUUCCAGUCGAGAUUUGCACGCUUUCGAAGCUGGAGAGUCUCUACCUCAAUUCGAAUAUGCUUGAAGGUGGGAUUCCUUUGGAUAUUGGAAAUCUUUCGAGUCUCUUGCAUCUAACGCUCUUCGACAAUCACCUCAGUGGUGAAAUCCCAAAAAGCAUUGGGAGCUUACGUAAGCUCGAAGUCUUCCGGGCUGGUGGGAAUCAGAAUCUCAAAGGUGAAUUGCCUUUAGAGAUUGGAAACUGCAGCAAUUUGGUGAUGUUGGGUCUUGCAGAAACAGGAAUAUCUGGUAGUCUGCCUCCAUCAAUCGGACAGCUGAAGCGGAUUCAAACGAUAAAGAUUUACACCGCUUUUUUAUCAGGUCCCAUCCCGGAAGAGCUCGGAAACUGCACCAAUCUGCAGAACUUGUAUUUGUAUCAGAAUUCGAUCUCGGGUCCCAUACCAACUCAACUCGGGAAGCUCCGAAAGCUUCAGAAUCUCCUCUUGUGGCAGAACAGCUUGGUGGGUACGAUUCCCUUUGAGCUUGGAAGCUGCAGGGAGCUGACGGUCGUCGAUCUAUCCAUAAAUCUCUUGUCUGGAAGAAUUCCCAAAAGCUUAGGAAACAUUUCAAAUCUUCAAGGACUUCAGCUCAGCGUCAAUCAGAUUUCUGGUCCAAUACCGCCUGAAAUUUUGAACUGCACCGCUCUAACUCAUCUUGAAGUCGACAACAAUGACAUCUCAGGCGAGAUUCCGAAUGAAUUCGGGAAACUGAAGAACCUGACUCUGUUCUUCGCAUGGCAGAACAAGCUCACCGGGAGUCUUCCAGAUAGUCUCGCCGAGUGCGGAAAUCUUCAGGCGCUCGAUCUGUCUUGCAACAAUCUAUCGGGCCCAAUCCCAAAACAGAUUUUCGAGUUGCAGAAUCUCACCAAGCUGUUGCUUAUUUCCAACGACUUGUCGGGUUUUUUACUGCCCGAGAUCGGGAACUGCACAAACCUUUUCCGCUUCCGAGUGAGCAACAACCGGCUCGUGGGGCCCAUCCCUGCCGAGAUUGGGAGCCUGAAGAAUUUGAAUUUUCUUGAUCUGGGCAGCAACCGGUUAGUAGGGCAGAUCCCACCAUUGAUCUCUGGGUGUGAUAAUCUUCAAUUUCUAGACUUACAUUCAAAUGCAAUUGUGGGAUCCUUGCCUGAAACGCUGCCAAAAAGCCUACAAGUCAUCGAUGCUUCCGAUAACAGACUUUCAGGGCCCUUGACUCCCAGUCUUGGGGCAUUAGCUCAGUUGACUAAGCUUGUUCUUGGUAGAAACCGACUGUCCGGCAGAAUUCCAGCGGAGCUCAGGUCUUGCAGUAAGCUACAGCUGUUAGAUCUCGGUGACAACAGUUUUUCAGGUGAAAUACCACCAGAACUGGGUCAGAUCCCAGCGCUCGAGAUCUCUCUCAACCUCAGCUGUAACCAGCUCUCUGGUGAGAUUCCACUCCACUUCUCUGGCCUCGACAAGCUUGGGAUCCUCGACCUCUCACACAACGAGCUCACAGGCAGCGUCGAUGUCCUCACCACACUUCAAAAUCUUGUUGCCCUCAACAUAUCCUACAAUGGCUUCUCCGGCGAACUGCCUGACACCCCAUUCUUCCGGAAGCUCCCACUGAGCGACCUUGCAGGCAACCAUGGGCUCUACAUCCCAGGUCGUGUGGGGCCUGACAUCCAUGUAGGUCCCACCAGGGAGGCAACAACAGCAUUGAAGCUGGCAAUGUCCGUCCUUGUCAGCGCUAGCGCCGUGGUACUCCUGCUGGCGCUAUACAUGUUAGUUCGUGCACGUGUGGGCCACAACGGUGGACUGCCAGCAGAUGACGCAUGGGAGAUGACACUCUAUCAGAAGCUCAACUUCUCAGUUGACGACGUCGUGAGAAAUCUAACAUCUGCCAAUGUGAUCGGCACAGGGAGCUCUGGGGUGGUCUACAGGGUUGCAGUCCCGAACGGACCGAUGCUAGCAGUUAAGAGGAUGUGGUCAUCAGAAGCUUCAGGUGCAUUUCAGUCGGAGAUCCAAGCACUUGGAUCGAUCCGGCACCGGAAUAUUGUGCGGCUCCUGGGGUGGUGCGCAAAUAAUAGCACGAAGCUAUUGUUCUACGACUACCACCCGAACGGGAGCCUCAGUGCCCUCCUCCACGGGGCCGGUGGGAAGUGCGUGGCCGAGUGGGAAAUGAGGUACGAGAUCUUGUUGGGGGUGGGCCAUGCGCUCGCAUACAUGCACCACGACUGCGUGCCCGCAAUCAUGCAUGGAGAUGUGAAGGCCAUGAACGUGUUGCUGGGACCCAUGUUUGAGCCAUACUUGGCAGAUUUUGGGCUGGCCAGGACUGUGAAUGGUGGUGAUGAUUCUUCCAAAUUGGAUUCUAGAGCUUCUACUCACAUUGCUGGGUCUUACGGAUACAUGGCUCCUGAAUACGCGUCGAUGCAACGGAUCACGGAGAUGAGCGAUGUAUACAGCUAUGGCGUAGUUCUGCUAGAGGUCUUAACAGGACGGCACCCAUUAGAUCCAUCAUUACCCGGUGGGGCGCACUUGGUUCAGUGGAUAAGGGACCACUUGCAAAGCAAGCGGGACCCAUUCGACGUGCUAGACUCAAGGCUCCGGGGCCGACCAGACUCGAUAAUACAAGAAAUGCUUCAGGCGCUCGCGCUCGCAGUUCUGUGCAUUAGCAAUCGGCCCAACGACCGUCCAACAAUGAAGGACGUGGUUGCGUUGCUAAAGGAGAUUCGGCGCAUGGAGAUUGAACAGCGAUUGGAGGCGGAUGCAUCGAAGGGCGAAUCAACAGCUGUGGGCUCUCCUACAGCUAAGAGGAUGGUUUUGCAAGGUUCUUCUAAUUGCUCUUUUGCUUUCUCUAAUUCUUCCAGUUAUUAGUUGAAAAUGAGAGUGACUAGGGGAAGGAGAUGUAUGUGCACUGCACACCAUGCGUAUUGUAACAGGACCCAGCAAAAUGGCAGGAGGUUGAGAAAGCAGUGAAAAUAUGAGAGAUUGCCGAGAUCCAACAAUAUGAGGUGUAAGAGAAAAAAAACACGUGUAAUUUCUCUUAUUGGGUUCUUGUAAAUUUCAAUAAAAUUAUUUUUGUGUA